AUGACUGAACCAAAAAACAAAGCUCCAACCUCCGACGAGGAUUCCAGCUCUGCCGAUCAGAAACUCAACGCGACGAGCGACUUGUUUUUACAGAGCCAAGAUCUCCAGAACUGCAACUGGCAGCAGCUCAUGGAAAUGUUUUCUAGUGCGCUGCGAGAACAUGAGCGUAUUGAUCAUGAUCUCCAGGAAGAGGCCACUCAAUUGCUCAAGGUUUUCGUUACUUGGUCUGAAGUAACCGUUUCUCGCGAUGAAGCUCGGUCAUAUAAAAGAUUCCAGACUCGCAUGCAAUAUGUACAGAAUACCGAACGUGAAUUGGCGGAGAAGAAGAAACACUAUGGAAAUGUCGUGAAAGCCUUUGAAAACGCGUUGGCCCUCUUAAAGUAG